AAAAGUUCUCCUGCUCUGCGGGGAAGCGCGGAGGCGGGAAGGGCCGCGACAACUGCCGUGCUGCCUUCCCGCCUUUGUGGCCGGAGGUCGGAGGGUUAGGAGCAGGACUCGAGCAUGGAAACCCUGUCUUUUCCCCGACUGAAUCCAGCUGAGAUUGUGACUCAUGUCCAGAAUUCAGUCCUGACAGGAGCCGAUGGCAAAACUCUCUCCAAGAAUGAUAUUUUUCCUAACCCAAAGUCUGAAGUCUUGCGCAAGAUUUUCUUGCGAACACUACAAAUUGUAUAUGGAAUUCCACUGGACGCCUUUUACAUGAUGCCAGUGAACAUUGAAAGCAUGUACCCACAGAUAAUGGAAGGCUUCUUACCGUUGUGUAACUUGUUUGUUUAUAUGGAGUCUUUUCUUCGCAUCUGCCGGGUGAAUGAUUUUGAGUUUGCUGAUAUUUUCUAUCCAAAAGGAAAACGUACAUGUCGGUUUUUAAGUGCCAUCAUCAAUUUCAUUCACUUCAGAGAAUCACGUCGAGAAAUAUAUAUGAAACAUUUAUGGGAAUACAAAUCUUCUACGGACAAGAUGCAGCAGCUACAUGUAGCACAACAGGAAGCAUUGAUGAAAUUGGAGAAACUUGAUUCUGUUCCAGCUGAAGAGCAAGCUGAGUUCAAACAGCUCCUGGAGGACAUCCAGGAGCGGCAAAAAACGCUGAAUGGGUUUCGUCAAAAAACAACAACAAUACAAGAUGGCAUUUCCCAGAAGAAGUUAGACCUUGCUGAGACCACUAAACGUCUGAAUGAAUUAAAAUUGUCACUAGUUACUUUGAAAGAAGAACAGGAGAAUUUAAAAACAAAAAUUGUCGACUCACCAGAGAAGUUAAAGAAUGAUAAAGAGAAAAUGAAAGAGACAGUGCAAAAACUCAAAAUUUCAAAGCUUGAAGUGACUGAGAAAUAUGAAGCUUAUCGAGAUGCAAUUGAGGGUAUGCCUUCAUUCCAAAUGGAGCUACAGUUAUAUCAAAAGAAAAUGCAAGAACUUGCAGAGAGCGUGGACAAAGUCACAAGGAUCUUGAAAGAGAACCAAUCCCUGGAGGACCAGAUUGAAAGUGCUCAGACUGAAUUAAAGAAACUGAAGACUGAGGAAACAUCAUUGAAAAGACUCCUCAUUGUUGAGAAAGAGAAGCUUGCCACAACCCAACUGAAGAUAAAUAAGAAGCAUGAGGAUGUUAAGCAGUAUAAACGCUUAGUACUUGAGGAAUGCAAUAAAAUUCAAGAAAAGAGAGGAGCCAUAUGUGAACAGGUGACAACAAUUAAUUGUGAUGCUCAAAAAAUCAGACGUGAAAUACAACAGCUAGAAGAUGUCACUGAAAAUGAGAAAGUAAAAUUCCAGGAAAUCUUCCUCACUUUGAAAAGUGCUGUGGAGAAAUACCAUGAAGCUAUGGAAAAGGCAGCAGAAGAGGGCAAAGCUAGAAUUAGUGAAAAAGCUGCCGAGCUGAAGAUAGAGUUUAUCAUUUAGAAUAUGCUGAAUUGCUUCAGUCUAUUUAUUUAGAACGUCUACAAGUAUGUGGAAUUUCAUAGUUUUGAGAAAUGGAUAAUUAAGUAAGAGAGUCUGAAUAUUAAGAUAAGUAGACUGGGGCUCUCCAGGUGGAAAUUCAAACAUGCUUGCAUACAUAGUGGUCUUCUAAAAUGAUAAAACUUCUUUUAAAGAAAUAGCUUAUCAAUAAUGUAAUUUUCCUCAGGAGUCCUGUGUCCGGACUCUUAGCACUUGUCAGGAGAAGCGAGGCAGUCCUGAGAACCACAGGGCUUUUGAGGCAUUUUUGUUCUCUUUUGGGAAGGAUUUGGAUUGCUGUUUUGCAGUUGCAUGCUUUUCUAAUGGAAAUGAUAGUAGUAGUUGCUUUUGUUAUACACAAGCUACAUUAGGUUAUUAUUAUAUAUAUUCAUGUUGUCACUGAAUUCUUACAUUAAUAUCAUCCCUGCUUUGCAAUUUACAAAAUGGUCAAUCAGAGGGGUUUUAUUGACUUGCUCUGUCAUCCAGAGGAAAGCAGGAUUCAAAUCCAUAUGCUCAUAGUCCAACAAGCUAGUCCAGGUGAAGGAGUGUCUUAUGUGGCAAGUACUUCUUCCUCCCUGAUGUCCAGAUGAGUUCUGUUCUCCCUAAAAGAAGUAACAUGAAGUGGAGUAAACCCCAAACUAACCAGAAGUUUAAUUUACUUUCUUUAUUACCACUGGAGUAAAUAACUCUUCCUUCUGUGCUUACACUAAGUAUUCUUGAACUUUGACCCAUGUUCUUGGGAAGAAGACUCCUGGUCUUAUCUGUAAACUACUUUGAAAUCUAGAUGUUAUAUGAUAUGUGAAAUUAAAAUUGUAAAAUUUAGAAGGUGUUUUUCAGAAUCAAUCUGAAAACUGCCCUUUUGGCCUCACAUAUAUUCCAAGUUUAUUUAAUCCAGACUUAAGUAGGAUUUUGAGGAGAGAAAUGUAGAACUUUAAAAUACUGCUCUGAAGAUAUUUAUUUUUUGGUAUCUAGUCAGCCAACUAUUAUUGUGGGUAGAGCCAGUAUUUAAUUUCACAUUCACCUGAUGUUUUAAGUAGCUAAUCUGUUAACCUGGGUGCUCAGACUGGCAGGGACAGGAGAAGUAGAACUGCUGUAAUUAUCACAGAUCAAACAAAUAAUGGGAUUUGAUAUUGGGAUAUUGCUGGAGGUUUCAUAUUGAUAAUUGUUGUAAUAAAGUUAAUAGCCCCCAGGAUAGAGGAGAUUCCUGCUAAGUGGAGUGAGAAAUUGGCUAGAUCUACAUAUGUUCUUGUGUGGGCAAGAUUGCCUGCUAGAGGUGGGUAGAUUGUUCACCCCGUUCCAGCGCCUGUUUCCACUGUUGGGAAUGCUAGAAGUAGGAAGAAUGAUGGUGGGAACAGUCAGAAAUUUAUGUUGUUUAUUCGUAGAAAUGCUAUAUCUGGGGCUCCAAUUAUUAGUGGCACUAAUCAGUUGCCAAAACCUCCAAUUAUAAUAGGUAUUACUAUGAAGAAAUACUUAGGGAUUUUUAAAUUUGUAGCUAGUGGGGUGAAGUUAAUGCAUUGGAGUUUAGUAAUAGGGUGCUAUUUUCAUAGCACCAGGGAAGUUUUGUGCUAAUUUCAUUUCAAAUAAAAUGCCUCUUCUGGAUCCCAA